AUGAUCUCAGCGCUGGUUCCUCCAGAAGCCACCGUGUACCUAGUUCUAAGCUUCUGCUCCCACUCAUCUCGUCCAGCGCCGCAAAAAUGUCUUCCUUCACCGAGGAGAAAAUGCCAAGCUGCCAGCCAGCACUCCUUGCAAAUCCCUGAACCAACCCCUAUUCUUACCAAGUCCAAGUUGAAACUCCGAAAAUCCGAUGGUAUCACUACAGAGAUCUCUGGUGAUGGAUUCGAAUGCUUUCCUUUCCUACCGAAAAAGGUGCGCGAUAUGAUCUGGAAACUCGCAAUGCCAUACCCCAAAGUAAUCGCUGUUUCCGUCCAAAUCAAGAGCUGUAAUACUACUAAAGGUAGUGAGAACCACGGUUGCGACGGGUAUAAAGAUAUCUCAUUCGUCACCUCUGCUGUUGUAGAUAACCGAUUCGGAAUGGUGAUGGCGUGCAAGGAAUCUCGUUACAUUGGGCACCAAGCUUUACCCCAGUCCACUCCCACAGCAUACUCUCAGCUGGCUGGCAUCAGAUACAAUCCCGAUGACACAAAAAUCCGCGAAAACUUCACAAACAUUCUGUUCUCGUUUGAGUUCGGUAAUAGGCCCUAUGGACUCAAAACUCUUGUGGUUCCAGUAGAAGACGUCUGGUGUACCGAUCCUGCUGGAGAUCAUCCUGCCUACCGCUGGGGUGCUAACGACCACAACUGGCAGCAAAUACUUAGGUUCAUGUUCAAGGAUGUUAAGUUAUUGCAGAAAUCGACCUCCCGGGUAGCUAUACCUUCCGCGACCUAA